CAGGCUAUCCGGUGCACUCUGGUAAACUGCAGCUGCCAGCAUUUUAAACCCGGGAAAAUAAACCAGCGACAAUGUGACCAGUGUCGGCAUGGAUGGGUAGCGCACGCUUUAAGCAAACUAAGGAUCCCCAAUCUAUACCCAACAACCCAAGUAGAAAUAGUCCAGUCCAAUGUGGUUUUCGAUAUAAGCAGCCUCAUGCUGUAUGGAACCCAAGCCGUCCCUGUCCGUCUCAAAAUACUCUUAGAUCGGCUUUUCAGCGUCCUGAAGCAAGAAGAAGUGGUACAGAUUCUCCAUGCGCUUGACUGGACCUUGCAAGACUACAUACGUGGAUAUGUCUUACAGGAUGCUUCAGGAAAGGUGCUGGACCACUGGGGUAUCAUGACCAGUGAAGAAGAGCUGGCUACGUUGCAGCAGUUCCUUCGUUUCGGUGAAACCAAGUCCAUUGUGGAGCUGAUGGCCGUUCAAGAGAAAGAAGGGCAAUCCAUUGUAAUCCCCACAGCAGCACCCAAUAUGGAUAUUAGGGCGUUUAUAGAAAGUUACAAUCAGAGGAGUCCGAAUCUUCCUUCUUCUGUGGACAAGAUGAACCCCGUUAACAUUCAUCACUUUGAAAGCGUCGUAAACAAUAUGGCCUUUAUGCUGCCUUUUCAGUUUUUCAGUCCCAUACCUCCACCCCUGAUAGGUUCCCUGCCAGAAAGGCUUUUGAUGGAGCAAGCUCAGGACCAGAGCAGCGAACUUCAACAAGAUGUCCAGGUGCCAUUCUCCGAAAGCAGCUUCUUAAAUUCCAGCUCUUCGUUUCAAGCUGAAAAGGAAGAGGCCCCAAACGGUCCCGACAUCACUUCAAAUCCUGAGGACAGUAUUCCGUCAAGUGAGGCUAGUUCCCGAAAUAUGGUCACAAAGCUUGAAAUGAGCCGGGGAUCUCCGGAGAGCAAGUUGAAAUCCGCUGACAAAAAUGGAACCAGCACAAGGAAAGGGCGGGUAUACUGUACAGCAUGCGAGAAGACAUUUUAUGAUAAGGGGACUCUUAAGAUCCACUAUAAUGCUGUCCAUCUGAAAAUCAAACAUAAGUGCACAAUCGAAGGCUGCAACAUGGUGUUUAGCUCUCUGCGGAGUCGUAACCGUCAUAGUGCCAAUCCCAACCCAAGACUUCACAUGCCGAUGAAUAGAAACAACCGUGAUAAAGACCUGAGAAAUGGACUGACAAUUACUGGACUGGAAGACAACAAACGGACAGACUUUAACAUUUUACCUCCAGAUAACAGAUCGAUUUCAAGUUAUGCUCACUCUUGUACGGAUUCGAAAGCACAGCCGAAUUUUCACAGCACGGGACAAAACGGCAUACUGUUUCCAAACUUGAAGACCGUCCAACCAGUUCUUCCAUUCUAUCGCAGCCCAGUCACACCAGCUGAGCUUGCAAACACACCAGGUACGCUUCCUUCUCUACCUCUGGUUUCCUCAUCAGUACCCGAACCAUUGAAUUCUAAUGAGUCAGCCUUCGAUUUGCUACCCAAGAAGAAAUCUCGGAAAUCUAGUAUGCCCAUCAAGAUAGAGAAAGAAGCUGUUGAAACGACUAGCGCAACCAACGAGGUUGCCAGCUCGGAAGAUGACAUGCCUCCACAUGCGGUAAGUGCAGGGCAUGUUGAGAUGCGCGUGUCUAGGAUAGAAACAGAUAAGAAUCACCCAGUGGAAAAGCAAUCCCAUUCAGGUAACCCAUGGAAAUCCAUUUCUGAGGUUGGAGAGCCAAAAUAUUUCAAAUCUGUUAAGCCAAAUGACACAUGCAACGACAUGGACAGAUCACACCACCCCGAAAAAGAGGAGAAGCCAGAACAAAGUCAAGUGUUAAAAAUGGUUUCUCAUCAAAAAGUAUAUGAAGAACCCAGCCAGCACAGGGACAUGAUCAAAGCAGUGACUGAAUCACAAGUCUAUUUUAAAGAGCAGUUGAAUUACAGGAUUCCUAUCAAUGACUGCACUGGAUUGCAACACCAAUUGCUGAUUGGGGCAGGUUUCAACACAUUGACCAAACAGGGUGUUGCCAUUUCUGAUUUUGAAGACUUUAAAGCUAUGGAUCAUGUCAGUCAACAUGCGUUAGGGAUUCAGAAGGAAGACAGUCGCUUCCAUUGUGACAUCUGCCAGAAGACCUUUAAAAACCCAUACAGUGUAAAAAUGCAUUUUAAAAACGUUCAUCUGAAAGAAAUGCAUAUUUGCACAGUUGAGGGUUGUAAUGCUGCUUUUCCGUCUCGUAGAAGUCGAGACAGACAUAGCUCAAACCUAAACCUUCACCAUAAGCUUUUGACCAAAGAUCCUCUGGAAGUCAAGAACAACCAUUUCAAUGCAGCGUACCUCUUGAAGGACAUGGCUAAAGAUGUUUGCCCAGACAACUCUUUGAAAGGUCACACAGGACAACAGACCUCUGUCAUAUUUAAAGGCAUGAACAGGACUGGUAGCCUGGUUUUCCCAAUGAGCAAGACUGUAGAGUCCUACCCCGAGAGCCACAGGUAUCAUCCAGAGAAUGACGGAGCUGUCCUGGAUUUAAGCACUACAUCUAGCGUCAAGUCGGAGAGCAGCACACAUUCCUCUUGGGAUUCUGACGGUGGCAACGACGAAGGCCUCGGGCCUUUGGAAGACAGCGACGAAAGUAGCGAAAGCACCGGGUUUGCACCAAAUGAAGAGCUCUAUCAGGAUUGUAUUCUUACGGAUAAGACUAACCCAAGUUUCUCGAAUAUCCCUUCCGGUUUGUCGAUCACCUGUCACCUAUGCCAAAAAAGUUACAGUAAUAAAGGAACCUUCAGGGCCCAUUACAAAACCGUGCAUCUCCGGCAGCUACACAAAUGCAAAGUCCCCGGAUGCAACACCAUGUUUUCAUCCGUUCGCAGCCGAAACAGGCACAGCCAGAACCCUAAUCUACACAAGAGCAUGGUCAGAUCGACAGAUAGCCCCAAGUAACGUCUCACCCGUCUGUAGUGGUUUAUGUUCUAUCUUA